AUGAACGGCUUUGCGCGUGAUGGUGAUUCCGAUAGGCAGGGGACGAGCAGCGGAAGACGAGCAGGCACGAGCAGCGGAAGGCCCACCACAGGCAGACCAAGAACGGCAAGGACAGGCACUGCAUCUGGUCAAAGACCUCUGACACGGGGCGUGGGCGGUCUCAACAACGCUGCGGGAGAUCAGGACGGCUACUUGGACGAGUGGGACGAGGAUGAGUAUGAGAGCGAGGACGAUGGCGACGUGUUCGCAUUCGUGCCUCGUGAGUGCAUCAAGCUCGCAUUGACCUUGCUCAGUAUCCUCAACGCAAUCGAGCAAAGCUUACAUUCGCUGCUAUUGUCCUUCGCCUUUCAGCCGACAUUGGCCAAUCAGCGCCAACCAUUCAGAUUGGCGACGCUUCAGGCGCAAGCGUGAAUGCGUCGGCUAUGCCAGAGAUGCCGCCAACGCCAAACGAUGCGUCAAGGCAGGCUAGCGAUCCUAACGCUCUCAGCAUCGCUGCUACUGAUCUUGAUCUCACUCGAAAAGCGCAAGCGUCUCAAGAAGAAGAUGAAGAAGAGACUUUCUACUUUGAUGAAGUCACUGGAGCCGUCUACGACGCGCAGGGGAAUCUGGUAGAGAUGCCGCCCGGCUUUGAUCCUGCUGCGCUGCGCGAGAAUGUGCAAGAGACUGCGCAGGGCAACGCUACCGAGUCUUCUCGCUCUGCCGAUGCUCACAUGGGCGACGACUCGGUCGCCAUAGGUAUGGUGGAGCAUGAAGCCGAGGCGAUUGGCGAGCCCGUCGGGUUGGAGGAGGUGAGGAGCGCCAUUCCUUUGCCAGGCCGAGGCAACUCCUUCGACUCUCCCAUUUACGACUCUGGCACACGUCGCGCCGCUUACCUCGCCGAUCCGCGAGUGUCGAUGGAUCGCGCAUCAUCGAAUGCUUCGAGCGUCAGCAGGGAUGUGGGCCCGGCGCUGAGUCACGCUAGGUCAGUGCACGCCCUACCUCAAAUGGAUGUACUCGACGAAGUGGACUACUUACCCACAAGUCGAGAAGGCCUAUCAUCACGGCACGGUGCUCGCGACUACGGCACGACCGCAAGCGGCGGUACGAUGGUCGACAGUCACAUCCCGGUGAGCCAAUCCCGGCGCACGAGCGGUCUGGGAACCAUUGACCCUGCCGCUGCAAACGCUUCUGCGGUCGGCCACGGCAGCAUGCGACAGCGCAACAACCGACUUAGCGUCCAUGCGGAUGCAGGUCGAAGUCCCGACAGCGAUGUCAAAUUCAAUCUGGGCACAAGCUACGACUUUGGUGACACUGAUGCCGACCUCUCGUCCAAGCUGGGGUACGAAGAGCGCCUCGGCGGCGGCGAGGGACUGGCGCAUACGUCGAACGGCAACGCCCAGAUGGGUCCCAUGGGAAUGCGUAUGGUCGAGCUUGAGAUGGAUAUGGAGGAAGAUUCGCCUUACCCAGAAGUUCGCGCCUCGGUUUCCAACAUUGACGAUCCCGACAUGCCGGCGUUCACCUUCAGGAUGUUCUUGAUCGCAAUGAUCCUUGUCACGAUUGCUUCUGCAGCUAACAUUCUUUUCAAUCUGCGCUACCCGUCGCCCGCAAUCACUCCAAUCAUCAUCCAGCUGGUGGCAUACCCAAUAGGCAAAUGUAUGGCGUAUGUGCUGCCCAUCACCGAGUGGAGAUUGCCAAGGUGGCUAGGCGGUGGCACCUUCAGCCUCAAUCCUGGCGCUUUCAACAUCAAAGAGCACGCCCUCAUCACCUUGACUGCCAACGUUGCAAUCAGCCAGGCAUACGGAUUCAACACUCUCCUAGUUUUGGACUCUGACAAGUUCUACGGCGAGCCAACCAGCAAAGGAUUUGGCAUCCUUUACAUGCUCACCAGCCAGCUGCUAGGCUUUAGUUUCUCUGGCCUUUGCAUCCCCUUCUUGGUGACGCCUGCUAGCAUGAUCUGGCCCCAGAAUCUGGUCACCGCUACUGUGCUCAAUACGCUUCAUGCCGAAGACGACGGAAUGGAUGGUAGCAUCACGCGGUUCAGAUGGUUUAGCUUCCUGUCGCUUGGCGCGUUCGUCUGGUACUUUGUGACCAAUUUCCUCUUCACGGCGCUAAACUACUUCAAUUGGGUGUGUUGGAUUGUGCCGAGUGAGUACUUUUGGAAAGGAAGCAUCUCGAGUGAGGGACCUGCAGACUAAUACCGGCCUCGCUCUCUCGCAGACAAUCACCUCAUCAACACAUUGUUUGGCACCGUCGGUGGCAUGGGCCUGUCAGUCUUGACUUUCGACUGGUCGCAGAUCAGUUACAUUGGAUCACCUCUAGUUGCACCGUGGUGGGCGGAAUGCAACAUCUUCGCUGGGUUUCUGGCUUUCUACUGGAUCGUUGCGCCUAUCCUUUACUACAAGAAUGUCUGGAACUUUGCGCACCUUCCAUUCAUCAGCGGACGCAGCUUUGACCGCUUCGCACAGCCUUACGACGUCAAGCGGGUGCUCGGCGCCGACUCGAGGCUCAACCUUGAGCAGUAUGCGCAAUACUCCGCGCUGUACCUUCCCGUCUCGCUGUUCAUGGCGUACUGGAGCGGUUUCGCUACCAACACAUCCGUCCUGGUCCACACUGCUCUCUACCACGGUGACGCCCUGUGGAAGGGAGCCCGUCAAAUCAAGACCGAAGAGGAUGACAUACACGCCAAGUUCAUGCGUCGUUAUCCUACCGUUCCGAUGUGGUGGUACUUGGCCUCUUUGGUCGUCACCUUUGGUCUCGCCAUCGUUGUCGUCGAGGUCUUCAGCACGGGUAUGCCUGUUUGGGCACUGGUACUCGCCAUCGCCGUUUCGGUGGUCUACACCUUGCCAUCUGGCUUCAUUUAUGCCAUGACUGGUACGCUACCUCUUACCAAUCUUAUUGGCGAGGUUGUGGCAGGUUAUGUCAUGCCAGGCAGGGCGAUUCCGAACAUGAUCUUCAAAGUCUACGCCGUUCAAACGAUGGCCAGCACGCUCAACUUCGUGCAAGAUCUCAAGGUCGGACACUACAUGAAGAUCAACCCGCGCUACACAUUCACCAUGCAAUUCAUUGCCGUUGCUUGGACUGCCAUUGUGCAAUGGGCUGUCAAGCAAUUCAUGUUCAGCCAAGUGGACCGAAUCUGCUCAGACGACCAACCACAGCGCUUCGAUUGCCCCAAUGCAGACGUCUUCUUCAACUCGUCGGUCAUUUGGGGCGCCAUUGGUCCUACGCACUUGUUUGGCAAAGAGUCGCUGUACGGCAGUGUUUACUGGGGCCUGUUGGUCGGAGCCAUCGUGCCCAUCCCAAUUUGGUUUUUGGCUCGGCGCUUCCCAAGAUCUAUCAUCAAAUUCAUUUCUACGCCGAUCUUUUUCAACGGCAUCGCGUUCAUUCCGCCUUGCACCGGCAUCAACUAUACCAGCUGGUUCCUCACAGGUUUCAUCUUUCAAUACGUCAUUCGCAAGUUCAACUUUAGGUGGUGGUCAAAGUACAACUUUGUCACCAGCGCAGCGAUGGACUUUGGCACUGUGACGUCGUUCAUCCUCCAAUUCUUUGUCCUCUCGCUGCCCAGGAAUGGCGAGGUGGCCCUGAACUGGUGGGGCAACUCGGUCGCCUUCAACAAUCUGGAUGGCGCUGGUACGCCCUUUAUGCCGACAGGCCCCGACGGUAUCAGACCGCCGCCUGCGGCUUCCAUGUGA